GGCAGGCUGAGAAUCCAGCCCUCCCUGUGGAGCAAGGACGACGUGAUCCACUGGCUGAGAUGGGCUGAGACAGAGUUUUCCCUUCGGCCAGCUGACGAAAGCAAGUUUGAAAUGAACGGCAAAGCCCUGUGCAUCCUCACCAAGGAUGACUUCAGAUAUCGAGCUCCGAGCUCAGGUGAUGUAUUAUAUGCAGUACUCCAGUACAUAAAGACUCAACGCAGAGCUCUGGUGUGCAGCCCUUUGCUGAACUCACCCUUCAGAGAAGCCAGAAGCACAGAGAAAGAACAGGCCAUGGCCUGCAGCCAUGCAGGGCCACUGAACCUCUCCUGUCACAGCUCGGAGGGCAGCUGCAGGGCAGAUGCCAUCUGCUCUUUUCCUACAACCCUGUCAGCCCCAGUGGAUGGGAGAAUUGCAGACUGCAGGUUGCUGUGGGAUUAUGUGUACCAGCUUCUCUCCGACAGCCGCUAUGAGCCUUACAUCAAGUGGGAAGAUAAGGAAGCCAAGAUCUUCCGGGUUGUGAACCCAAAUGGGCUUGCCCAGCUCUGGGGCAACCACAAGAACCGGAUGAACAUGACAUACGAGAAGAUGUCACGAGCGCUCAGACAUUACUACAAACUCAACAUCAUUAAAAAGGAGCCAGGGCAGAAGCUGUUGUUCAGGUUUUUGAAGACUCCUGGGGAGAUCAUCCAUGAGAAAUCCAGCAAGUUGGAGCAGCUGGAGAGCGAGGACCAGGAAGAUUUCAAAGAAGACCCACUGGAGGUUUCACCCUAG